AAAUUUGCAUAUAUAGCCCUAAAUAAAGCAGUAGCUGAGUGGCUGGGCAAGCCGAUCAGCAGAAUUUUGUGGUUUUCUGUUGAAUCUCAUCGUUCCUGGUUAGGUCGGAAAUUACUUAAACAAAUCUCCGGCGAAAGGGAUCAUGAUAACUCAGGCUAAACUCGUCGAGCAACUCAGAGAUUACCAGAUCAGAUCACAGCACAAGUGCCCUGCUCUUACUAUCUUCUCCCCUAAACCAUUCCUCACCACCUGGGCUGAUGUUGCGGUUGCCGUUGUGUGGGCCCUUCUAUUUAUUGUGUUUGUAGUAUCAUCAUACUUCGCCCUUCGAUCAGGGCAUUACUGGAUUUCUCUUCUCAUUUUAUGUCUAUGUGUCUCACUCCAAGUUCGUCUGAGAAUUUUGAGACAGGCGAAUGCAAGGAAGAGAGUUAGGCUUUUACCUUUGUCCAUGUGAAGGUUUUAUCCACUUGACCAUUCCUUUCUAUUAUACUCAGCUUAUAUCUCAAAAUACGAGGUUAAAAGGAAAGGAUCACUUAUAGGUAGGAUUCAUAAUUGUAGAUUUUUUUUUGUUAGGGCAAGUAUGUUUUGUUUCAUUGGGGAAGAAUGAGUAUAGUUGUAAUCUGGGAAACUACAGCAUAUAUCCUGUGACUGUCCACAUUAGUAAUGUAUUUAGGUGAGAUAAGUUCUCUAAGUUUGUGAUUUUUUGACGAUAUGCAAUGGGCAUUCAUACUUGUUUCUUUUUCAUGACAAGGGGUUGAGACUUGAGAGAAUGCUUUGUAAUUUUUGCUCAUUGUAUCUUUGGAGAAUGGUAUACUCUCAUGGUAACACCACUAGGGACUGUCCACAUAUGUUCACCCACUACUUUUCCUGACUCAUGAUUCUCACAAACCAAGAAUGUUACCUCAUCUGUGAGGCCUCUUUGAGGGCAUGUUCUUUAAGUACAUGGAAUUAAGAGGUGUUAAGGACUUGACCUGCAGUGAUGCCUCAAAAAGAGUAGAGAUUCGUAUCCUCGAAGUUCAUAUUA